UUAAACCAGUCACAAAUGGGGAGACCUAUUGAAUCACAAUGUCUCGACAUAACUAACUACAGACAAUAAAGGGCAUACUACGCUGGAAACGUCCAACAUCCGACUGUAGCUCCGCUCAACACACUCCGGCACCAGACAUGAUGCUUACUGGCAACCUGAAGCUGGAGUGGGAGCUGCCCUCUAGACUGGAAGGACAGGAUAUUAGGGAAUGGGUCUUAGCGAGUGGCGCUCUCACAUUGAAAGAUGGCGUAGUCCACAUCGGACGUUGUGAGCAUGAAGUUGCCAAAUUAUACGGCUCCUUUGGCACUCGUGUCCUGGAAGGAGUCAUCAGCGCCGUUGAAAGUCCGCUUGGCUCGCAUAACUGGUCUGGCAGAAGCUGGACUAAAACGCUUGGCCAUGCCAUAGUUGUCUGUCUGGAUCAUAUCGUCCCACAAGCCCCAUUACUAUCCGCAGCCUUCCUUAUAGCCUACCAGCUGGCAGGCGUUCAUGCCCCGAUACAUGUGGACGAGGGAUUAAUCUACCAUGGGGGGAUGACUGCAUUGGUCCCCAUCGAGCUGCGCAAGGACGGGAGUAUUCUUUGGCACUUCGAGUCUAGGCUGAAUGACCUACUUAAGGUAUCCGAGAUCAAGUGCAUUAAAAGACACUGGUACCAAAGACGUUCCUGGUUCCAGACUGAAGACCCCGAGUUACUGCAGUCUGCCCCAGCUCUCAUCAGAUGA